AAAGACCAAAGCCAGAGAAAAUAAAUUAUAUUCAGGUUAGGAAAGUCUAUACUCUGCAGGCACUAUGAAAGGCUUUCUUUCUUUUACAGUCCUUGCAGUCCUUACACUGGUGCACAGCUGCCAAGCAGUCUACGUUCAGGAUGGAGACUUGAAAUUCUCUCUUGAGUCUGUGAAGAAGCUAAAGGAGCUUAUGGAUGAGAACAGAUACAUCAACCGUCGCAUGGUGGUUCCCAUGUCUAGCUAUUCUCCAUGUAAUGAAAAAGAUCUCCCUGAGGAGUUCCAAUCUGUGUGCAAAAGAGAAGAUGCAUCCAUGAUUUUUGAGAGGCUAAACCUGGCUGUCCAAGACCCUGAUUUAUGUGAAAUCUGUGCCAAUGCUGCCUGCGCUGGUUGCUUUUGAGUAAAGAUGAAACAAUUCAAAGAAGAUGUGUCAAGCUAGGAAGUUUGUGCAUUCAUACUGCAAGAUCGCAUACUUUCACAAAUCACUAUUUGGGCUCCAUCUCCAGUACAAUCAAACUGGAACUGCUAACUCAUGUAGACAUACCAGGACUAGUCCUGAAGUAGUCAGAUAAGGUGUCACCUGUAGUUCAGUUCUGGCUACAAGGAGACUCUAAACAUCAUCUGAGAGGUUUCAGUCCUGCAUGAGAUGUAUCACACUGGAACGAAAAUGUCCUAGGCACAGUUUCAUUAUCCAAUAUUUUGUCUGGAUUGGAACACAAUGAGUGAAAUUGAGCAGUCUCCUGCAGCUUUUUUAAUAUCUAAAUCUGCCUGUGGUUUGGCCUCACCCACACCUAACACCCCCACAGCAUUGGGUUAUCAUCUUUUCCAGCCCAUGGUUUCCAGUGUGUGGAUAACUGUAUCUCUACCUGUAGGUCUACAUGUGACAUGUAUGUUUGUAACAGAACUGCAGCAAGUAACUUGUCCCCAUGUUACUGGUGUUUAGCAACACUUUCAUAGCUAGAAAAUUCUCAGUCUGUUACUUGUAGAACCUUUUGCCAAUUUAGGGAAUGGAUGUGGAGGAGCACAGGAACACUUUCUGCAUAGUUGUAUGGAAGCUCCCUUCUUUUGACAGAUAUUCAUGUUCAUUAGGCUCCAUUUAGGAGAAAGGAAGUCCAAACUGCAAUGCUGGAAUCACUCUGAAAUUAAAAUAUUGCCUUGUGUUUUUAUUUAUUGGUGGCAAGAUUGGGAAGAAAGGAUCUGCCCAUGUUUAUAUGCUGUGUAUGAAAUAAAA